AUGUCGUCCAGUUCUGCUGGGAAGACCAAGGGCCUGAGCAGCAUUCUCGUCUUGCUGAUGGUGAGUCAGAUACAGGCGUCUGAAGGUAGGCACAUGAACUUGACUGAUUGGUCAAGCUCACACGAUAAUGAAGGUAAAAUGCCCUCAUCGCCCCCAACCGACAAUACAACAUAUUUGCUAAACAACAUCACAAGUCAGCUCAACGGAACGUCUACAGUUGCAGUGAAUUCGAGUGGUCAACAGAAAGAUGUCAGUCCAGAUGACAACGUCGGGCUUGACGUCACGGUUCAGCCGACACUGACCGACGGCACCAAUGUGACCGACCAGGCCCUGUCCGAGAGGAGUCAUGAAGCCGCGCCAGACCUCACAGAUCCAUGUGAGAAAGACAACCACUGUACCGGACGAUGUGGUUCCUGGGAAGACACGCACACGUGUCAGUGUGACGCAUCGUGCCAGGCCUUCGGCGACUGUUGCGACGAUUAUGAAGAGGUUUGCAAACACCAAGAGAGCGCUGCCCUCACGAAUGAGACCACCAGAGAUCGGGCCAUCAACGCAGAUUCAUGCCAGUGGCGAUGUGACGAUGAAGUUCGGCCUCAUGGAGCUCUAUGCUUUUGCAAUGCCAGCUGCUUAGACAUGGGGAACUGCUGUGAAGACUAUCAAGACACCUGUGUGCGGAAAGACCCUACUACUGAGACCGUUCGACAAUUAAGGGAAGAAGAACCGCUGCAGUGCAUGACCAUAGAACCACCAAACCAGUACAACCUUUCCGAGUCUUACUGGAUGGUGGCCAGUUGUCCCACAAGCUUCCCCAGAAACGAAGCGCGACUCUUGUGUGAGGAGAAACACAGUUUUGAGGAAGACCCUCUCCUGCACCUGCCAGUACUUUCAACAACAUCGUCAGGACACAAAUCGUACAAAAAUGUGUUCUGUGCCGUCUGCAACAACGCUUCCUCGAUGAUAGCAUGGACAGCUGUCGUCAAAUGUAGAGGAUUAGUGCCAGAGUUAAAGAAAGCCGUUAAGAACGAUGAAUGUUUCUUGGAGUUUGAGGCACCAGAGGGGCGAACAAGAAAAUGUUUCCCUGCUACGCCACUCUCGUCCACGUGUGAAUAUGCAGAGAAAUGCAGAAAAGGAAUUCCAUCACCAAUCGUCGUCGUAAGGAAACCAUAUCGCUCCUUUCGCAACAUCUUCUGUGCAAAGUGCACUCUCGAAGACCUCGUCUACCGGGAAGUCUUCUGUGGCGCCGAGAUACAAGGGAUGAGCGUAUUUUUCACUUCCCUGUCGGCGACCAUUGACUAUUCAGAGAUUUCCAAAACAGUCGUUACUGGAAAAUUCAUGUUCAGGUCAAGAAAGGAAACAUUUGCUUGCCCUCAAGGCCACCUCUAUGAUCCCUUUGUGGAAACCUGCCGCAAAGUAGAUCAUUUCCCAUCCAACAGGCUACCAGCCGACAUGAGGAAGAAGGAAGGAGGGAACAGAGAAUCCCAACGCCUGCCGAGCUCGUACGCGAUGGUUGCAAUCUUCCUGUUUUUCAUGGCCACACGCAAAUGCGGACGACACCUACCCAGAAACCUGUUAGAGACAAAUCUCAUUCUAGCCUUAGCAAUCAACCAAACCGGUCAUUUCCUCGUCAAGAGUGUACCAGACCUGGCGGCCAGUAAGGUAGUUGCUGUGGGUUCUCUCCAUCUGAUGCUUGUCUGCGAACUCUGCACCUCCGCCGUCAUCCGUCAUCUCGACGCUUUAGCUCGCAACGGAGCAAACACAAGCAGAAGCGCGGCUGGAGAGGUAGGAUACAUCCUAGCCUGUUGGUUCUGCCCAGGCGCUCUCGUGCUUUUAAACCUUGGCGAUGGCAUCAGGUACACAGUGGUGGGUGGCUGUUGCUGGCUGUACCAGACCUCACCGCCAGUGUGGGGCGUUUUCGCGAUGAUGCCUGCCAUCAAGCUAUACCACUUUCUCCGCCUCAUCAUCACCUGUGCCCGACACAUGUGUCGGUCUGUCAUUCCCCUACUCGUAGAGGCGAGCUGCCUGUUUGCCGUCUCUGCGCUGGUCAGCUCGCUGAUGGUGGUGGCGAGUCUCCUCCCGACACCCCUGACGCUGUCUGCCUUGUCGGCAGUGUUCGCAACGUCCGCCGGCAUGGCGGCAGUUGUAGUUGUCGCCUGUCGUUUGGUGGAUUCGUCCAUCAGCGCACUUGCCUCAGAUACCGCCUACCCUUACGCGAGCACGGAGUUACCGGACACAAACGGCGACAGAAACACGAACAUCGUCCUACUGAGCGUCCGCCAUCUUGACGACGUCAAUGGUUGA